AUGGGGCGCAGGGGAGGCUCUGGAAUAUCAACAAGCAGCCAGUGCACAUGGUCUCGACACUGCGUAGGAGUUACGCGAAAAAAGAAGCUCCUAAAAUCCUCAGUCGAAUGCGCCUCUGGUAACCGGGUUCCAAAUCGGAAUGGCCCAACUGUUAGCGCUGAAGCCUCGAUUGCGCAUUCUAGCAGGAUUACAUUCAUCGAGCCAUCUGCCACUUGGUUUAGGAGCGAUUGCACCUUUAGCCCCUCAAGUAUCUACAUUCUGGACUGGUUUGGGACCCUGCAGGUGUUCCUUGAGGACAGGGAUCUGAACUUAGAGCUGAGGAUCAAGAAUGAGGAACGCAAGGCGUCAUGCAAAGUAACACAAACCAGACAAUUGGCGGAAGGAGAAGUGAGCCUGAAAAGCGGCAACGACGCGCAGCAGAUAUUCAUGAUUUCGGGUGUGGCAAGUGGUGGCAACAAGAGGACAAAAGUCGUCGACCCUGCAGCGAAAUAUGAAUCGGCAGAGUCGGAGGAAGAGACUAACACUUCUGGAUCUGACUGGUUUGUGAUUUGUUGA